AUGGAGUAUAGCACACCGUCUUCUGGUUCUGGGCUGGAUGUGAACCCCACGAAUGGGACCCAUAACAUCAAAUCGGCAUCCGAGUACUUGACUCACUUACCGCCCUCGCGCCUCGAAGAUCUCGACAUUCUGCCAGAAUCUCCACCAGCUGGACACAGCGGGGACGAAGCGAAUGGGCCGCCCAUAAACGGCGCAUCAAAGGUCCAGGUCGAUGCGCAAGGCCGGAAACUCAACCCAAGAUCAUGUGUCACCUGUCGGAAACGGAAGGUCAAAUGCGACAAAGUGCAUCCAUGCGCGAACUGCAAUCGGCAGCAUAUCGAAUGCGUUUUCCCAGCGCCUGGCAGGGCGCCGAGGAAGACCAGGAAGCUGGGCGAAGGCAGGGAUAAGGAGCUUCUAGAGCGUUUGAGGAGGCUAGAGGGUGUCGUGAAGGGCCUAGGCGUGGAAGUCACGGACGGGGAUGGCAACGAUGAUACCGACGGCGCAGGCGCAGCCGCAGAGCAGCAGAAGGCGCAGGAUAGCGUCGAUAGCAGCCCUGGAGCUGUCGCAAAGAUGACAACUGACAACAACGGUUCGAAAGCGCGCGCGAUCGAGGAGCAGCAACAGCGACGGUUCGAGAACAAGUUCGGCAGGCUUGUCAUCAAUGAAGGCAAGUCGAGGUACGUCAAUAAUUCCUUCUGGGCCAACCUCUCCAACGAGGUGGAAGACCUCAAGGGCAUCUUAAACCAAUCGAGCGACGAUGACGAAGACGCAGAGGUUGGUGCAAACCCCAUGGUUGCCAACCAUCAGGGCUGGAUCUUCGGCUUUAGCUCGCAGAAUGUGGAUAUGCUAUCUCUGCAUCCUCUGCCGGGCCAGAUCGUGCAGUAUUGGGAGCUGUUUAAAGACCGCGUGGAUCCACUGGUGAAGGUGUUGCACAUUCCAACCAUUGAGCCAACGGUUCUGAGCGCAGCGUCCCACCUGUCGAAUUUGUCGCGCGGCUUCGAGACCUUACUCUUCGCUAUUUACUACGCCGCCACGACCGCACUCACGCCGCAGGACUGCUUGCUGAAAUUCAACGAGGAGAAACUGAUUCUGUUAACCCGCUAUCGCUUUGGCCUUGAGCAGUCGCUUGCACGCGCCUCGUUUCUCACCACAGAGGAGAUCGUCGUCUUACAAGCAUUCGUCAUCUUCCUGAUCUGUGUCCGCCGGAACCACGAUGCACGCAUCAUAUGGACUUUGGUAGGGCUUGUCGUACGAAUAGCCCAAACCAUGGGCCUACAUCGCGACAGCUCGCAGUUCGGCCUCUCGCCGUUCGAAACAGAGAUGCGCAGACGGCUUUGGUGGCAGGUAGGCAUUCUCGAUACCCGCGCAAGCGAAGAUCAUGGCUGCGACCCUACGAUCAUCGAGCAAAGUUUUGAUACCAAGAUGCCGCUGAACAUAAACGACGCCGAUAUAAGUCCCGAGAUGACGGAGUUCCCGCCGGAAAGGCAAGGAUGCACGGACAUGUCAUUCUGUCUCAUACGAUUCGAAGUCGCGAAUACCUUCCGACGCAUCAACUACGUACCUCCUGGACCUCCGAAAGCAUGCGGAGACUUCUUCGCCAGCGUGACGCUGGAAGACAAGGAAAGGUGGAUCACGGAGUGCCACCAGCGUUUGGAGGAUAGAUAUCUUAAACAUUGCGACAUGAGCGUGCCCCUCUUCUGGGUCACUGCUACAGUUGCGAGAUUGAUGAUGAGCAAGAUGUGGCUUAUGGUGUACCAUCCCUUCCAGCGCCAAGACGGCGGUGUAAGCCUACCAGGCGAAACGAAGGACAAACUCUUCAUCACGAGCUUAGAAAACAUCGAGUACGCGCUGCUGCUGGAGACCGAAACGCGCACAAUGAAGUGGGGAUGGCUGUUCCGGACGUACAUGCAGUGGCAUGCGCUGGCGUUCAUCCUGAGCGAGCUGUGUUGUCGCACGACGGGUGAACUUGCAGACCGCGCAUGGACGGCCAUCGAGAAGACCAGGGAUGGUCGAUGGGGCCGCCCCUUCGAUGGUGCACGAGCCAGCCAGCUGUGGCGGCCAUUGAGGAAGCUCUACCGCAAAGCCAAGGACGCCCGGCAGCGCGGUCUGGCU